CGCGUUGGCGCGGUACUCGGGAGCGAGAUGAGAUGAACGCGGCCGUCCGGCGCAGGCUCGCCUGCCCGCGCCCUGUCAUCUGUUGCCUGAUGCCAUGUUUACUAAAGCGAAAGUGACGUGCCGUUCACAACGAACCUACAUUACAUUGACAGCCUGCAAUUGCGAGUAAAUAUUCCUGGACCAACGUUGGCUGACAGUGAUACUGUAAUCUGUAUAUACAACGAAUCGGUUUCUAGAUAACGUCAUCGAAUACGAAUCGGGAUUUUUGAACUGUAUUAUUUUUUUUGGGAUUAACUAGUUUUUUAUUUAAUUGUACAUUAGUGCUGUGUUUAGAAAUAGUAUCGGGAAAGUGUUGUAGUGACAUUUCGUAAUAGUAUUUAUGCAAAUAGUAAACUUGACUUUAACGUAAACAAUAAGUUGUAAUCAUAUUUACCGUAGUAUCUUAAACGUAAAACACCAAAUAGUUUCUAAUUUUUAUAAAAGAAGAACAAAAAUUAUUUAUAAAAAAAUCUUAGUGCAAGAUAUCGCGUUUCAAAGUGGAAAAGUAUGAGCCGUCCCCAUUGUACGACAACAACCACUACCACGAGGAAUGUCUUCGCUGCAACUCCUGCGGGUUGAACCUCACCGGACCCAAUCAGAAACGCGCGCGCCGCUUCAAGAACCAGAUCCUGUGCGACCUGCACUUCGCCGACGUGGCGCUGAUGGAGUGCAGCGACUUCAUGCAGCAGCUGCGCAGCUUCAAGCCGCAGUCGCUGGGCUGCGCCGUCGCGCGCCGCAAGUCCUCCACCACGCUCAUCUUUCCACUGCCACCGCAGGCCUGUUCAGAUGAAUUUUGUGAAGAGUACCCUCACAACCUGAUCCCCACGCCUGGCUACUGGAUAGAGUGCUCGCGCCAGAAGAUCGCCACCGACACCAUUUGGGACGAGUCCGAGUCAGAACACGAUAGCGGCCCUGAAAGAGAUGACGCGGAUCGCCACAGAAGAUCGGGGUCUCUCGACGAGGCGGCAGAAGACAGCAGUGACAACGGAGGCAGUACACCAAAGAAGAAGACUGCAAUAGAAGAACAAUGGGAGAGAUCCGGCGGCUUCGAGCUCACGUCCGUAGAACAAGAGACGUAUGAGAAGUACUUCUACGGGACAGAACAUUGGAACUAUUUCACAAGCGAUGAAGACUUGGGACCAGUGAUACUCUCCAUCAAACAGGAAACCUUGAAUGCGAGGGAUCAGUUUAGGAUUCUAGUGCGAGCGAUAAGCUACACGGUCCAUGGACUAAUUCCGGCGUCAUGCGUGUUUGCCGACCGCUAUAACCGGGAGGAAGUGGUCAGAUCUCUCGGCAAAGAAGUCAACAUCAACCCGCCACUGAUGCUGGGCCAACUGCCCGACACGCCUGAAGAGCUGUUGAAGUUGGAUCAGGUUUUCAUAAAAUCAGAGCUGAAGGUCGGAGUGAUAUACGUGAAGGAGAAUCAAUACACGGAGGAAGAAAUAUUGGACAAUAACGAGAACUCGCCAUUGUUUGAGGAGUUCCUGCAAGUGCUCGGGGAAAAGUUCCGACUCAGAGGCUUCGACAAAUACAAAGGAGGUCUCGACACUGUCCACGAUCUCACCGGUCUAUACUCUGUGUACACGAACUGGAGGAGCAUAGAGAUCAUGUUCCACGUGUCAACUCUCCUGCCAUACGAGAAGCACGACGCUCAGAAGUUGCAGAGGAAACGCCACAUUGGCAACGACAUCGUGUGUGUCGUGUUCCUGGAAGCUGACAACACUGCAUUCUCACCUGCUUGUAUAAAGAGCCACUUUUUACAUACUUUUAUAUUAGUGCGGGUGUCUGCUAAAAUUAAAAGGCGACCCACUAGAUAUGAAGUGUCCGUCGUGACCCGCGACGAGGUCGGCGCGUACAAACCGUACUUGUGGGAGCAGAGUGUGUUCGACAAAGGGCCAAUGUUCAGGGAAUGGCUUCUCACGAAAAUAGUGAAUGGUGAAAGAGCAUCGUACUCAGCGCCCAAGUUCGCACGGAUGCAGGAACGCACGCGCAGUCAGAUGCUAGAGGACAUAGUGGCUAAUCUGCAGAACCAUGCGGAGACCGGGCAAAUACCAAAACCUUACAGAAGAGGUUCAUGGCGUCCAAUAGGCCACAUGCGACCGUCGUCGCCGCUGCUGGAUUCAGUGAGAGACCAGUUCGAAGAUUACGACCAGUUGGCGAAGGAUUUCACUCGAGUGUUCCUCAACAGUGAACUCAAUUUCGCACAAAAUGCUCAACUUUUCGACGUAGUUUUCCUGGUUGGGCAGUCGAAGCAGAAAACGAAGUUUAUUGGCGUUCGAGCUAUACUGGGUGUAAGGAGCAGAGUUUUCCAAGAAAUGCUAUACGGCAUACAGACCGGGUUCGGUUCCCCACAAGUGCCGGUAGCCGAGCUACUGGCUCGACCGGCGCCCACUCUCCUGUCUCCCACUCCUGCACGGCAGAAGAGCAGCAACUUCUUACAAGUCCCUGACAUUGAGUCUCCAAGACCAAAAAGCGUGCCAAGUUCACCGAUGGUAAAACGAGCAUUUUCCCGACUCGGCACCAUCACAGCCGGCUGGGGUCGUUCUAUACGGAAGCAACAUUCUCAACUCAAUGCGGACGAUAAGAAGAAAUGGGCUAGCUCCCAGGAUUGCUCCAAUAAGGAGAGCAAAGACAAGGACAAAGAUAAAAACGCAGCACUAGCGGUGCCAAGGCUGUCGGUAUGCGCCGAUGCGCAAAAAGUGGAUCGUGCCAAGCUCGCGCAAACCGAGUUCUCCAUAAUAGAAUUUGACCCUGAAACCUUCCGGAUACUCCUGGACUACUUGCACACGGGCAGUUGUCCGCUCACCUGCGCUUCCAUCCCGGGACUGAUCUGUGCUGCCGAGCAUUACGACUUGCCUGAGCUCCUGCAGGCAUGCUUCCAUCACGCCAAACAAUUCCUUAGGAUAGAAGUGGUAUGCACGAUGCUGAUAUCAUUGGAGAACUACUACUGGCGAUAUACGUCAGCCUCUGAACUAGUGAAUAUGAUUCUGGCCUUCAUAGAACAGCGAGCGUACGCUCUGUUCCAAACAUCGGAAUUUCUCAAUCUUUCUGAAUCCAUGGUGCAGAUGAUUAUGUGCAGAAACCUCGAAGUUCCCGAGGUCAGAAAAUUUGAAGCUAUGCUCAGUUGGGCGCGGAAUAAAAUAAAAACUAAAUCUGCCAAUAAGACUGACGCCAAAAAUGAGUUUAAAUGCAUUAUGGAGAGGCUGGCGAGGGACUUGAAGCUUUACAGGAUCUCGCCACAGGAGUUAAUUAAAGUGGUGCUCCCAUCGAAGGCAAUAAAGAACGAACGCAUCCUCGAAACACUCAUGUACCAGGCCAACUCUGGGAUGUACAGGAUACAGGACAGCUAUAUAGAAGCUUGCCAACAACGCCUCCAGAAACAGGACUCGAGGUUCUCUGAAUUUGAAAGCUUUGAUUACGGCAUAUAAACUUGGGGCUGUGAGGAUAUCAGUGUAUUAGAUAGAUUACGAAGAGCGAUAGGAUUGGGUUCUUCUCAUUGUGGUAUGUUGACGCCUUCAAAAAGUAUUAUUGUUAUAGAAGUACUUUAGUAGAGGUGCGAGAAAUAUUUGUACACUUCUCGGAUACCUAUUCCUUGUUGUUGUUCAUUGAUACCUAUAUAUUUUUUACAUCUAGCUAGACGUGUUCAGUAGAAUCAUCUCUAUUUUUGGUACCAAGUUUGAGAUUAAACGUUUUGAAUCUGACGUAUGAAAAACAAAGUGAUUUUCGAUGUAAUGAGAUUUAUAUUGACGUACCGGUACAAAUGAGAUUUACUUCUGUGAUUCAUGUGUAGAAGACAUAGACAAAUUGGGUAAGGACCUGGGGGAUAUUUAUUUAGUUAUACGUGUAUUUUUUAAUUACAAUAAACCUUAUGAAAUUGAAAAUAUCCGCCCUAACAGUUAACUAAAAGCGGAAUCAUUUUGCUCACUGUACAAAUUAGACCUUGGAGGCAUCUUUCUAUCUUUAAGUACCACGUUUAAGGUAUAGCCCCGAAAGAACUCGCCAUUUGCUUGUAAAAAACGUCACGCAUGAAAAAUUGACUGAUUUCUAAUAAAAAAAAAUUAGAUAAUAUAUAUGAUAAACACAUAUAAUCGAAUUCUAAAUGUUAGAUAUAAAUUUGUUACAAAAUGUUGUAACAUGCAUGUAUUCAAUAAUCGAGAAUGAUUGGCAAAUUACUUUAGUUUACGUAGAAUAAAUAUUGUGUGUAGUGAAUCUCGAAUAUGAGAUUUCAUUUCGUUUUCAUGAGCUCUUUACUCGUAAUACCAAUUUUUUUUAUACUUCUCAAAAUACUCUAUUUUCCUGUUAUUCACGCAUCAAAUUGUAUAUCGUACUCGUGUUAUCUUUAUAGAAAAUAUUUUAUUCUACAAAAGAAGCUUUAAACUUCCAUUGAACCUGUGCCUAUGUGUAGUUUUUACCCUGUAACGUAUGUCUAUCGAAUACCUACCAAGCAAGCUUUUAUUUGAUUUCCUUGUAUAUGUCUUUACUAGCUGACGCCGCCCGGAACACGGGGAUUAUAUAUAGCUUAUAUCUAGCCUUCCUCGAUAGAUGGGCUAUCUAACACUGAAAGAAUUUUCAAAUCGGACCUGAGAUCUGCGUGUUCAAGCAAACAAACAAACUCUUCAGCUUUAUAAUAUUUAUUAUAUCUUUAUAAAUGGUUCGUUUUAAAAUUAUAAUCAUAAAAUUAUGUUAAGUACGAGUAAUAUUCACAUAUAAAUUGUGUAAUCUAUUUUUUUACAAGAAGUAAGGUAACACCAAAAUUAGAACAAUACUUUUCCUUUUAUAUUUCGUUGCCAAGUGUUUUUGAUAAUUGAUUUAGUAUAGAUAAAUAACUACAAGUGUUUUUAUAUUGGGCGUUCUUUUUUGUUUUUCGAGAAUAGGGAUGAUGACAGUUUUUUAAAUUGUAUAUAAAUUAAGAAUAUGCUAAAAGUAAAGCAAUUUUGUAAAAGUAACGAGGUAUCUGCGAUCAUUACUUUCUGAGCUACAGGGAUUUAAAGGGACAUAUUUGCGGCGCUGCCGCGGAUCCCGUGCGGAUGUGCGUUCAAACAAAAUUACUAAUAUCUUUGUUAUUUGUGCGUUUAUGUUUAUAGUUCAAUUAUUAAAUAUUGUCACAUUUAAUGUAAGGAAGCUAAAACUGAAUGAAUUUUCAUCUAAUUACGAUAAAAGAUUUUUAAUAGAUUUUGAAAUGUUAUAAUCUCAUUUAUUUUGCAAAUAUCCAGACAAUCUUUGCUUUUUAUGUAUAAAUUAGUUAACAUUGACCUUAUUUACCCGAAUGUAUCAUAAAAAUCAAUAUAUUCAAACCUAGUCAUCAUCCCCAUUGUUUCUGUAUCGUUAUUGGAAUGUUUUUCAACAACAAUAGGGUAGUUGACUCACGUGAAAAUUAAUGUCUCUCUCAGAAUGAGAGGAGUUAGGCCUAUAGCUAUAUACACCACGCUGGCCCAAUGCGGAUUGGCAGACUUCACACACGCAGAGCAUUGAGAAAAUUCUCAUUUUAAAAUUUGUAUUCAAGUCUCAAAAAAUACGAUAUGAUUUUUUAUGAUCUAAUAAAAAGAUCAUAAGUAUAAUUAACAAUUUAUGACCUAUUUUAGAUAAGUGUCAACUAGCCUAUUUUGUUCUGUUUAUGAAAAAUAUUUAUUUUUUCAAUUUCUGACUCCAUAAAUAACGAAAUUAUCUACAAGCCUUGCUCUUGGCCUUAGGUCAAUGAACGGCGGUAUCCGUGGCGCGUUUUAAAAAGCGCGUGUGCAGUAACCCUAAUAAUUCUUUCAAAGUUAUCUUUAUAAAACGUCUUUAUUAAACAAUAACUUAUAUUUUGAGUAACAAAAAUACGUGUUUAAUUAAUUUAAGUAUAAAAAAUUGCUAAAACAUGUUAUUUUUCUGUAUAUUAAUAUUCCUUUGCCUCCUUUUAUAUCGUCUAUUUUAACAGGUUUUUUUUAUAUUUAUUAUUUUAUAAUUUUUUAUUCCCAGGAAUAGCCUAAACCGUCUGACGGUUCCGUUUCAAUACUAUAUUAUAUUAUGUUUAUAGAUGAGGGAUUUUUGAGAGAAAUGUUACGUUGCUAAUUUUAAUGCUGAAACUUAUUCUUGUGUUUUUUGGUAAGUCUAUAAAUAAGAAUGUGUAUGAAUUUAAUUAUCUACUUUCCCACAUUCAUUAUAUUAUAUGAAAUCAUCCAGGGAAAUCAUUAAGGUUAGGAAAAGGUUCAAGUAUAAUAGGCAUAUUAAUUAGGUACCGAUUUCUUUCUAAUAAUAACUAAAUUUUCAAAAAGGUCCAAAUGGUAGUAUUAUUUUGGUAACGGAGUCUAAUAAAUCUUGCAAUAAAAAAACAUAUAAUAUUUAUAUUUUAAUACCUUAGCCCUUAUAAAUUUGAGUGUUAAAAUUUAUUAAAAAAAACAAUAAUAAUUAUAAUAUUCUUCUAAGAAAUAAUGUUAACUCCUAUGAAUGUUUGAAUGUCUAAAUGUAAUAAAAACUAAAAACGAAACUAUAUAAAAACAAAAUUUAUAAAUAAUAGCAGUAGCGCUAUUCUGUAACUGUUUUAUCUACUAAGAGGUGUUUUAAGUUUGAUCACUACGUUUGUCUGUCUGUGGCACUUUAAAGGAUGAACCAUUUUAGAUGCGUUUUUUUUAUUUGAAAGCUGGUUUUUCAGCGAUGAUUGUCAAAAAUGUAUCAUCUAAAUCUGUUUACAAGAUAUAGAUGACAUUGAGCACCAUUUAAUAUUUUCAAAUUGUAUGUGAUUUUUUCAAGUGGUGUAUCAAAGAAGACGUCGUGUUUCAGUGUCAAAAGGUAAAACGGCGACAUAGUCUCAUGAUAUAAAUACAGUUUUAGUACAAAAAAAAAAUUGCGAUAAAAAAUUGUUAAAUAAACAAAAAAGUCUGUUCUUUCAAUAUCUUCACAUAUCGCUCAAAGAAAAAUAACGAAACAUGACCAAACUUAAACUUUUUCGGCCUUUCAUAGAAACGUAAUUAUUGCUUCAUCAUUUUAAUUAUGAAAAUCCACUACUUAACCUGAAUAAUGAUUUUAAGUAAGGCCUAUAUAUUUUUUAUUAUAAAAUAUUUUUUCUACCUACUCGUAUAAAUGUGAAAUUAGAAACGUAGCAUUUAAAUUUUGCAGUUAGUGUAAGACGACUAAUAAAUAUUUUUUGUUAUAAGUACCUACACCGACUGCAAUACCUAGCAAAACCAAUCUUCAUAUUAAUCUACGAGUAAUAUAUAAAUUAUAUUAUAUUACUAGUAUAUAUUUGUACCUACUACCUAUAAAUUAUUUACAUUUAAAUUAACAUCAGUAUUAAUAAAAUUGAACGCUUGAAUAUUUUUUUUUUCGCCACGUGAAAUGCAAUACCUACCCAUUAAAAAUUAUUUACUUUUCAUUUUUAUAUGUAAAGAAAAUCUAUGAUAUAAAUAUGGAUGAUGUUAAAUGCCGAUGUUAAAAUAUAUGAUCUGCUAAAAAUUGAUGUUAAAAAACGACAAUGUAGCCUAAAUAUAAAAAUUAUCCGACGUUUCCGGAUACUAAUCGACAAAGUUAACUUUUCUGUAAUAUUUUAUACUACCGAAUGUAUGUAUUUUAAAUCCUUGUAAGGACACUGAGUUUUGUUUAAGUCUUACUCCGAGCAAUGAACAAAUUUUGUCGGUGAUUCCCUCCCGGCCCUUCGGGAAAACCUUUGGCCCUUCGGGAGGGCUAUUGCCCAUGAAAAGUGUUCCUAGCUCCAAAAACCAUUAUAUGUAUUAAAUUAUAGCAAUUCUUCUAAUGGCACUGAGUUUUGAUGUAAUGUUGCUCUAAACGAGGACAAAUUGAAAACUUCGAUUGGGUAUGCCCUUGAAAAUGGCUAACUUCGACGGCUUAUUGCCCGGCUCGGGGGACUAUAUAUUAUGUAUUUUAAAACAAGAGCAACAUAAGUUUUGUAAUAAUUUUGCUCAAAGCUUCUUCUCUUAUGUAAUAUCACGAAAUAUACGAAACAGAAAAGUUUUAAUCUGUUAGUUUUCGUGACUUUGUUGAAAAACUAAAGAAAACGCAGCGGCGAUUUUCGAAAAUCUUUUAAUUUUGGAAUAUGUGUCAUCAAUCAAUCAAUGUCAGCUGUUGCGCUGUUGAGCUGAGGAUUAAAUACUCGUAUACCAACAUAAGUUUUACUUUUCUUUCGGUGUAGUAAGAUGUGAAAUGAAAAUUAUUGAAUUCCAUCUAAAUGCGGUCGACUACUGGAUACCAAUACCAUAAUACGUUUAAAAUUGUAACAAUUUGUUUACCAGAAUAAAAAACAUAACUAAAAAACUAAAAAAGGGGUUCAAUAAAUGUAAAAAAAUGGAUUAAUAAAGUGAACUGAUAUAAUAUCUACACUAUUUAUACUAACUCGUUGGUAUUGCUUUAGCUACAAAACUUUUUUUAUUUAGAAAUCGCUAUAAGGUAUGUACAUUUCGUAGUGGGACUACGAAAAGUCUACCUCAAUUUAUCUACCAGAAGUGAUAUUUUCCAAAAUGGCCGCUGCAUACCAUUGUAUUAUUCUAAUACAAUUUAUGAGUACCUUUGAACUAGAAAACUAAUUUUGGUGUGAAGCAGUCUUUUAAGUAGUAAGAUACUUAUACAUGCAAGUUUACGCUUUGUCUGUGGAAGGUUAGAUAUUCAAUACUUUUAAUAAACGUAUAUUUAAUUGCAGCUAAUUUGUAUUACAAUAAAUGUUACAUAGUGCAUAUAACAGAAUGCCAUUAUAUGUAAUACUCAUGUGUGUAUGUAUAAACAAAUAGUUUUUAAUUUGUAGUAACACCAAUUGUAAUGGAUGUGUCAAGUUCUAUAACGCUUAAAUAACUUUUCUAUUCCAAAAUUUUAACCUUCCUGUGAUCGUGGAUGUUGCUAUAAAGUAUGUUAAUAUAAUAUGGGAAUCUUCAAAGAAUACCAAAAAAAAAAUUAUAUCUAUAUCUGUUAUUUUGCGUGAUGCAAGAUUCAUGAAAAUUUUAUGUGGUGAAUAAAUUUUUUUGUGUAUUU